AUGGAUGACCACCAAGGCGAACAGGAAGCGAAGAGCUACGAGUCAUACAACAGGAGCAAAAAUUCUGACGGCUCCAACUACGCCGAAUGGGCCGACCACAUCGAGCAGAAGAACUCCCAGCAAAAGCUCCGCGGGUACUUGAUGUCGAGCAACCGUUUCGAUCAUUACGAUGAAGAAGACGUCUACGUGGCCAAGUCCUACAUAAACUUGUCAGUCCACCGGGACAACCUCAAAACCUCGCCUAGUACCUCCUUCAAGGAAGUCCACGAAAAGACCACGAUUGUCAACAAGAUUCUGCUCCGUCGCGAGCUCUCGACUCUCUCAUGGAAGCCCCAUGAGGCGUAUGCCACGUUCAUCCACAACAAGCUUUUCGAAGCCGGUGACAUGACGCCCGAAACCGAUCGUAUCGUCGAGUUCCUCUACCUUUUACCGCCGAGCUUCGAAGCCUGGGUCGACUCGAUCCUGGAGCGCAUAACCAAGCAAGAGCUCGAAUACUGA